AUGACUAUUCCAACUUGGGAUUUACGUGAUCCGUUUAAAUGUUCGUAUUAUAAUUGUAGUCAAGUGUAUUGGGAUGAAAUAAUAUUGAAACGACAUCAAGCACAUGAACAUCCUGUUCCUCUUCUAUGUCCGUUUGGAUCUGAAUGUCAACAAUCAACAAAAAAAUAUUUUGGCUUCUGGAAAUUACGUGAACAUGUCUAUUCCAAACAUGCACCGUUGUAUUCUCAGCCAGUAUGCUUUAAUUCGGAAUGUCAAUACAAUAAACCAUUCGUAACUUGGAAUCAUGUGUUGAAACAUAUCCUACAUAUGCAUUUAGAAGCUGUUGUAUUCAUUGUAAAUUCAUACACAUCGUCGACAGGGAAAACAGACAAAGUAUAUAAGAAGUGCAGUUAUCAAAAUUGUAAUCAACCAUUUAAAACAAGAAGUACCUUCCAAUAUCAUUUAGUAACAUUGCAUCCUUAUCCUCUUCGGUGUCCAUACAAUUCUGCGUGUAAUAAACUUGAUAAUGACAGUAAACAUUACUUAGGAUUAAUGGAACUACAAAGACAUAUUGAAGUAAUACAUUCAGUACAAUUCCUAGUGCCAAUGUGUUUCAAUCAUCGAUGUCAACAAGAGAAACAUUAUAAAGAGUGGAAACCGUUAAUGAAUCAUAUUUUACAAAAACAUUGGCUAAAUAUCAGAGUGAAAUGA